AUGCGAGUACUUUGUCUGCACGGAAAAGGCACCAGUGGUACUAUUUUCAAGUCUCAAACGUCCUCCUUCCGUGCCCAUCUUUCCGAUGAAGACCUAGAGUUUGACUGGGUGGACGGACCAUAUCCAACCGGCCCAGCUGCAGGCGUUGAUCUCUUCUACGGGCCUCCAUACUUUUCACUCAGCGACGGUACCUCAUUGGAAGCUAUUCGCUCGAGCUACACCUGGCUAUCCGAGUAUAUUGCCAAGAACGGCCCGUAUGAUGCAGCACUCAUGUUCUCACAAGGCUGCUGGCUUGGAUCGAGCGCACUUCUCUUGCACCAGGAAGAGACCCCGGAUCUCCCACCGCCUUUCAAGGCCGCCAUCUUUAUCUGCGGUGGUCCUUCUUUGACUGUUCUCGAAGAGCUGGGAUUUCAUGUCUCCGCGAAAGCUCUCGAGCGGGAUGAUGCUUCGCGGCUUGCUUUAGACUCACAGGCCGACUCUUCUGCUAUUCAGAGACACGGUGUAGGCCGCUGGACCGGCCUGAGUUCACUCAGUGCUGGUGUCUCUGUGGAGGAAUUACAGAAAGAGAUCACCUGCCCGUUUCGCAUUUCUGUUCCAACAGUGCAUGUCUACGGAUCCAAAGACCCGCGCUAUGCCUCUGGCGUACACCUUUCUGGUAUAUGCGACCCAGAGAAGCGUCGGGAUUUUGAUCAUGGCGGCGGUCAUGAGAUUCCUAGGACAGACUUUGUGAGUAGAACUAUUGCAGAGUCGAUUCGUUGGGCCAUUGCACAGGGAACUGCUGAAAAGUAG